AUGGGUAAGCACUCCAGAUCUUGUCGCUAGAUCAGGCCGGAAUCACGUCGGAGAUACUUGUCCAUUGCUACUUUUCGUCCAACCAUGCCGGGUUCUUGUGUCGUUUGCAGGUAUUUCCCGGGAUUCCAUGCACAAGAGGCGCGCGACCGGAGGGAAGAAGAAGGCAUGGAGGAAGAAGCGAAAGUAAGUUCUCGAAGACUUCUUAUUUUUUUCUGUUACCUUCCCUCAGAUUCACCGGCUUUCAUUCCAGAUUUCUCGUGGUGAAGUAGAGGUUGAUCGAGUUUAGCGGUGAUUCGGGCUCACUGUUCUUGUUUUUUGGUAUUCUGAUCCGUGCUGGUGACAUUUUUAAGGUACGAGCUAGGGCGUCAGCCGGCGAACACGAAGCUGUCGAGCAACAAGACCGUGAGGCGAGUGCGUGUGAGGGGAGGCAACGUCAAGUGGAGGGCGCUGCGUCUGGACACUGGGAACUACUCAUGGGGUAGCGAGGCGGUGACCCGGAAGACCCGUAUCCUGGACGUGGUCUACAACGCGUCCAACAACGAGUUAGUGCGAACGCAGACACUCGUGAAGAGUGCCAUUGUUCAGGUCGACGCUGCCCCUUUCAAACAGUGGUAUCUCCAGCAUUAUGGCGUCGACAUUGGGAGGAAGAAGAAGACCCCUGCGGUAGCCGCCAAGAAGGAAGCCACUGAGGUAUCCUAUUCAUCGUUCAUAUCCUGUUCCUCUGUAACCGGUGAAUAUAUAGAUUUUUGCCGUCAGUCUCCUUAUCCUGCAAUGUUUUGAACUCUAUCGUAGUUUAUUUUCCCAUUCAUGAGCGAUUUAAUUUCUGCGGUGCUCGUAUUGUUUUGUUGAAACUCAGAGGCAGUGAUGAUUUUGUCCUGGAACCUUACUUUCAUGUUUACUACUCUCCUCCCAAAUCUCACAAUUAUGUUUUCGUGGAUUGCCCAUUUCUUGAUUGAACGCAGACGUGGAUAAAUUGAAUAUGUAAUAUGCAUUUCGAGCAUCAGCCCCAUCUCUUGACUGGCUCUUGUCGAGCUAUGUCGUAGGAUGACCCCUAAUCAACUCUUCCUCUCUUCCUUCGCCAGAAAUCAGCUUUUCUUCACUGUGUCCUUAUCAACUUUUCCUCUCUUACUUUGCCGGAAACCAACUGUUCUUCAUUGUAUCGUAAUCAACUUUUCCUCUCUUUCUUCGGCGUAAAUCAGCUCUGGUUCAUUCUGUCCCUGAUGAACUUUUCACGCAACAUUUCUCCCGGCGAAGUAGUUUUUCCCCUUUGUGCUGUGGGGUUGUAGAGCUGCAUAUAAAUCCCAACCAGUGUUGCUUCGCAUCUCGCUUGUGAACGGCUUCUAUUAGGCGACCUAUUCUUCCUUGGAGUUUUCUAGCAUCUGGAGGAUCAAUAUCUUCCUCUCCUGCUUGAAUAGACAUAGUGCAUUAUUGGGCGAGCCAACUUUCUGUCUCUCUAUUCUGAUCUAUCCAUCCAUAGCUGCCUAAUUUCACCCCCGAUAAUCCCGGUUCUAAGCCUCUGAAACAUGUAGUGGGUGCCAUUUUCUAGCUGUCUUCAUGUAUGAGAUUUAUAGAGAAGAAAUUAUCCGGUAGUUUGGCAUUAGAGACUGACUGCUGCAUCAUUGUCGAAUUUAAUCGAGAAGAUGGAACGGGUUUCUCGGUCUUGGAAAGUAGGCAUGAAUGUCCGUGAUCGUCAUUCUAGUAGGAAAGAUUGCAGGGGAGGGAGAAAACUUCUGACGGUUCUUCCCUUGUGGAGUAAUUUGAAGCCGGCCAUGCGUUCCAGAUUUUCUUACCAUAAUUGAGGAUGAACUGGUCUUGUUCUACAUUUCGUUAAAUCAGUAGCUUUUCAUCGGCCUGCUGAUCAUUGAUUUAUCUCGGAUAAUCUUUCCGGACAGGAGGGCGAAGCCGCCGCGGAGGAAGGCAAGAAGAGCAACCAUGUCACUAGGAAGCUGGAGAAGCGGCAGCAGGGCCGCACCCUCGACUCCCACAUCGAGGAUCAAUUCAGCAGCGGGAGGCUGCUGGCCGCCAUCUCUUCCCGCCCCGGCCAGUGCGGCAGGGCCGAUGGGUGCGGCCUCCAAAAUCAGACCCAGACCCUCUCUCUCUCUCUCUCUCUCUCUCUCUCUCUCUCUCUCUCUCUCUCUCUCUCUCUCUCUCUUCCUUCUGACUUCCGAUUCUAUUCUGGUCUCGUUUUAUUGACUCAGUUGAUUCCCUCGCAGGUACAUCCUGGAAGGUAAGGAGCUGGACUUCUACGUGAAGAAGCUGCAGAAGAAGAAGGGCAAGGGUGGAGCCAGCGCCGCCUAG